AUGGGGGCCUGGGCUGGGGGCCUGCCCUCGCUACUGCUGGGGUUGCUCUUCAGUUCUACCCAAUGGACCCACGGUGCCAAUCCAGGGCUGGUCGCCAGGAUCACUGACAAGGGCCUGGAGUACGCUGCCAAGGAGGGGCUACUGGCCCUGCAGAGGGAGCUGUACAAGAUCACGCUGCCUGACUUCAGUGGAGACUUCAAGAUCAAGCACAUAGGCAGUGGACACUACGAGUUCUCCAGAUUGGAGAUCCGCAGCUGUGAGGUGCAUAGCACUGCCCUGAAGCCCCUCCCGGGCCAGGGCCUGACCCUGGCCAUCACCGACUCCUCCAUCCGGGUCGAGGGCAGGUGGAAAGUGCGUAAGAGUUUCUUGAAGCCACGUGGUUCCUUUGACCUCCGCGUCAAGGGCAUCACCAUUUCCAUCAGCCUGCUUUUGGGCAGCGAUCCUUCCGGGAGGCCCACGGUCACAACCUCCACCUGUGUGAGCCAUAUCGACGAUGUGGAGGUGGACAUCUCUGGAAGUUUGGGGUGGCUGCUGAAUCUCUUCCACAAUCACGUCGAAUCCAAGUUCCGAAGAGUGUUACAGAGCGAGAUCUGUGAAAUGGUCCAGAAAUCAGGGACCACUGACCUUCAACCUUAUCUUCAAACACUUCCAGUCACGGCCAAGAUCGACAGCUUCGCUGGCAUUGACUACAGUCUAAUGGAGGCCCCUCAGGCAGCUGCUCAAACAUUGGAUGUGAUGUUUAAGGGUGAAAUCUUUAACCUUAACCAACGCUCCCCAGCUGCCUCCGUCGCACCUGUCAUUAAUCUUCCUGAGGAUCACGGACAGCACAUGGUCUACUUUGCCAUCUCAGAUUACAUCUUCAACAUGGCCGGCCAGGUUUACCACGAGGCAGGCUACCUGAACUUCUGCUUUACAGACGACAUGAUUCCACCUGACUUUCACAUCCGACUGACCACCAAGUCCUUCCGACCCUUCGUCCCCCGGUUGGUCAGGCUGUACCCCAAUAUGAACUUGGAGCUCCAGGGAACUGUGGUGUCUGCCCCACGUCUGAACUUCAGCCCUGGGAACCUGUCCUUGACCCCCCAGAUGGAGAUGGAGGCCUUUGUGCUCCUACCCAACUCGCUCAAGAAGUCUGUCUUCCGGCUUGGUGUGGCCACUAAUGUGUCCGCCAUACUGAGCUUCAACAACAGCAGGCUUAUCGGGUUCCUGAGGCCAGGAAAAGUACACUUGGAGCUGAAGGAAUCUAACGUCGGAGUAUUUAAUGUGGAGCUGUUGGAGGCACUCAUUAACUACUACAUUAUCAACAACCUCUACCCCAAGGUCAAUGAGAAGUUGGCAGAAGGCCUCCCCCUCCCUCUGCUAAAGCAAACUCGGCUCUACGACCUUGCUCUCCACAUCCACCAGGACUUCCUGUGGUUGGGUGCCAACGUCCAGUACAUGAGAGACUGA